AUGCAGUUGCUCAGGUUCUUUUGCAGCCCUCUGGUGCUACUGGUGCUCGCCCUGAUCGCGAGGACAGCCAACGGGAUCAUCUAUCAGUGCGAUCACUACGAGAGCGAGAAGUAUGAAGUGCGGUACUGUGCCCUGUUUAACGUGACGAUCGUACACUUCGCCGAGGACGUAGACUUCGUUUCGGACUAUCCGCGCCCGUACCGCUUCGAGUUUUUCCAGUCGAACCUGACGGAAGUGCCACGGGCCCUGUUCGGGGCGUUUCCCGAGAUGCAGGAGAUUAGCUUCGAGGCCACCGGGCUGGAGAACAUCAACCGGUACACGUUCGAGCACGCGAAGCAACUGCAGCGCCUCUCGGUCAGCGGCAACGGGCUGACGAGCCUUGGCAAUCUGGUGUUUAUGGGUGCGGAGCGGUUACUCUCGCUAAACGCAUCCCACAACCGGCUGAAGGAGGUAAAGGAGCAGGCGUUCGGUGGGCUCCCCGGUGUCACCGAGCUGGACCUAAGCCACAACCUGCUGGAGUCGUUGGCCGACGAUCUGUUCGCCUCGCUGAAAGCCCUAGCGGUGCUACUCUUACACCACAACCGACUGACGGUCCUUGGGCGUGGAGUGUUGCGCGAGAACUACCUGACCUCGCUCGAUCUCAGCCACAACCGGCUGACGGGUUUGGACCCGGCCGCCCUAGGUCUGGGCGUGAUCGGGACGCUGAGCGUGCGCGGCAAUCAACUGCGCAGCUUCACGCUUCCGGCCGAAACGAUGGUCGUGGACGCGUCGGACAAUAACCUGACCACGAUCGGACAUCCGGCGGGUCAUGCGUAUACCGUGCGGCACCUAAACAUCUCCCACAAUCGGCUGGCCAGCAUCGUGAACGUGACCGACCUGACGCAGCUGGUGUCACUCGAUGCGUCCUUCAACGAGCUCGGCGCACUGCCACUGACCACGUUCCUAUCCCUUCGGAGCCUCGUGGUGCUCAACCUGGAAGCGACCAACCUGACGCACCUCGAGUACGGGCUGUUCUCGCAGCAGACGUCCCUCAACUGGCUCGACGUGUCGUUCAAUCGGCUGCGCACGUUCGACGUCAGCGUGCUGACGGCCGCCCCGGAUCUGCAGCAGCUGUUCCUGGACGGAAACCGCCUAACGGACCUCGAUUACGCCCAGCUCGGCGAUCUGUUUCCGGUGCUCCAGCACCUGGGCCUGUUCGCCAACCACUGGAACUGCUCGUAUCUGAUCGAGCUGAUGCGCUACUGCAAGCGGCGCGGUAUUAGCAUCGAACCAUCGAAGGCGUACGGUACCGUGCUGCAUCUCCCGAACGUGCGGGGCAUCUACUGUCAAAGUUCGGCCGCCACCCGGUUGCCCCUCUUCCGGCCGGUGCUUCAUUCUGUCAACGAAACCGACGAUCGUUUGCAGGAACCACCGGAGGCACCGACGACGGUAACGGCGAGUGUUGAUGGUGUCGCCAGCAACGGUCAGCAGUUACUGGAGAUGAUCCUCCAGCUAAACCGCACGUCCUGGGAGCGCAUGGACCGGUUGGCGGCGGCAGCGGCGCCUGCAAACGGCCGAGACUCGGGGUCGGAAGCGUUGCACGCGUACAGCUUCCAGGUCUUCAUCCUGCUCAUCCUCUCCGUCAUCCUGAUCAUCAACGUGGGCUUCCUGCUCUGGGUGCAGCACAACGCGAACGUGCGCCGGGCGGUCGAUCGUAUGAUCAUCUUCCGCCGCGAGCAGGGCGCCUCGAUCCAAACCGAACUCCACGGAGAGUUCUGAGGAAGCUAAGGUGAGGAUAGAUUGCUCGCCGACGGGCCUCUAAGGGAUAAGUGCCAAGUGCUUUUUCGG